UCAUUUAUUUUGAAGGCAACAUUUUUAUAACCGGUCUCAUGUCGGCUAAAUGACUGUGAGUCUGCUGCAAUGACUGACAACAACCACCACCCCACUGCAUUUCUUCAUCCACCUGGAAACUGAUCAGGCUUCUUUUUCCUGGAUUUGUGCAACAGAGGAGACACAAUAGUGAGUAAACAUCCUCUACACAACACACAUCACAGGAACAACCAUCAAGGAUGAACCCCAUGCUAUCCAGUCAUCAGCAGAGAACAAUCUGCUCCCAGCUGGGAAUUGUCAGACUAGAGCUGCUGUACAAGGCCACCAUCCAUGGUUUCACUGGUGCAGCCUUCCACGAGCGAUGUGACACCCACAGUCCCACAUUGUCUGUGGGCUAUAAUGAUUCAGGUUAUGUGUUUGGAGGCUACACCAGAAAGCCUUUCAGUAAGUCUGGUCAGUACAUGUACGAUGACCAGGCCUUUCUUUUCACCUUCAGUGGAGAAAUGCUCCUGAAAUAUCCGGUAACUAACUCUUCGUAUGCAUUGUAUAUGGACCCUGACUCUGGUCCGGAUUUUGGAGGAGCAUUGACUCUUGUCAAGGACAGUCAGGCAAAAGUGUCUGGCAAAUCAGGAAAUCGUUACAGCUACAAUGCUGCAGACGUGCAUGGCAACAACCUCAACCUGACUGAGUGUGAAGUCUAUCAACUGAAAGUGGCCCCAGAAUUUGAGAAGCCAUGGAGACCAGUGAUCUGGGAAUCUGAGAAGAGGACAGAGAUGAUGGACAGUAUUAAGCUCUACAGUCCAAUGGUCAACUCUGUGUCCCAGGUUCGGGUUUUGCUCAUUGGACCAGUUGGAGCUGGAAAGUCCAGCUUCUUCAAUUCUAUCAACUCUGUAUUCAGAGGCCACGUCACCAACCAGGCCAGCACUGGCUGCUCUGCCAGCAGCCUCACCACACAGUUUCGCACCUAUUCAGUGAAAGCUGGACGAGGAGGGCAACCUCUGCCAAUCAUCUUGUGCGAUACCAUGGGACUGGAGGAAGACAAGGGGAUGGGGCUUAAUGUAGAGGAUAUCACCAGCAUCCUCAAUGGUCAUAUGCCAGACCGUUACCAGUUCACACCCUAUACUACUCUGAAGUCAAACGUCGCAGGCUAUUGUAAGUCUCCAACGCUUAAGGAUAAGAUCCACUGUGUGGCCUAUGUCAUUGAUGGCUCCAAGAUCUCAAUCAUGCCGAAAAAGCUGGAGGAGAAGCUAGCAGCUAUCCGCAGAAUUGUCAACUCAAUGGCGAUUCCCCAGCUGGUCCUGAUGACUAAAGUAGAUGAAACCUGUUCUUUUGUUGCACAUGACAUUAGGGACAUUUACAGGAGCAGCUACAUCAAGGAAAUGAUGCAGGAGGUCAGUGCUCGGCUCAGUGUGUCACUGUCCUGUGUUGUUCCGGUGAAGAACUACAGUGAGGAGUUUGAGUUGGACAUGAACUGUGACAUUCUGCUGCUCAGCGCCAUCAUUCAGAUCCUUCGCUCAGCUGAUGAUUACUUUGAUGAGCUCAGUGACCAGUUCAGUAAUAUUGAAACCAAAGAUUAGUAAGAAUUAACAGCAGAUGUAGAUGCCCCUCAAAAUGACUCCUCGUCCAGCUGUUUAGUUCAGAUUCACUGUAAUAAAAAUACUAAUACUUUAGUACUGUAGCCUAGAUUAUCCUGCAGAAAUUUAUGCUGCAUUCAUGUAAUGUCAGAAUGAAAAGAACAGGAAAAUUUCCCUCAUUCCAGCUUGGAUGCUAGUUAGAAUGAGCUUAGAUGCUAGAAGAAUUGUUCCCAUCCACCUGACAUGACAUGAAGGUGCAAGUUUCUUGGGGAUCACCAGAAAAUCAAAGAAGAUGAGCCUAUACAAGUCAGUAAUGGUGAGCCAACAUUUUGAACUUUGAGUCAGGUUAAAAUUAAAAUUCAGUGAAACUGCUUCAUAACGUUCAAUUACAUUACUUACAUUUGAGUUUUUGCCUUACACAUUAAUCCAUGAAUAUAGAAACUUUAUACUUCUGAUUGCGUAUAUACUGAAUCCAACUUCACUGAAAAAGAGAAAUCACAUUUACUGUUAUGUUGCAUGCUAUGUCCAAUUAAACUGAAUUGGAGUUUAA